UGCAAACGGGUUUUAGUCGCGUUUGGGGCCUCGAAGGAGAAACACCAGAUCGGCAAUCGAAAGACACAAGACACCCAAGCUCAAGAAACCCAAGAAACCGGAGAACGAUGACUAAUUCGUUGACUGUUUUGUUUUUAUUUGGGCUCUGCCUGAUCGGCCAACUGCAGGCAGCGGCCAUAGUCUGCGGAUCCGAGGCCAAGUCGGCGGCGGAGGAGGCGGAUACCACCACCCCCAGCCCCAGCGAGGUCAACAAGUUCGUCCUUAGCGUGCAGUGCACCCUGGAGAAGGCCAAGCCCUGGAUAGCCAACAUCGAGAAGGAGGCGAAGCUGCUCGAGGAGAAAGCCCGCGACGUCACUCGGUCCCUCUUCCAACGCUUUAACAUGCUGGUGAGUGUGCUCACCCAGGACAAAGAAAAGGACAAGGACAAGGACACGGACAAGCACAAGGACCAGGAGGAGGUCACCAGCACCACAGAGACGUCUUCAUCUUCAUCCCCCACCACACAAAAGGAGAGUAGUCCCAAGGAGGAGCUAACCACCUCGGCGCCCCCUGUCCACAUGGACUGGCUGGAGGAUCAAGCUAACGAGGUGGACUUUGUCCCGGAGACCACUAAGUAGCCAGUUCUAGUAGUUCAUAGAAAUAGAAGUGAAUCCCUAACAUAAUUGAUAGUAAUAGUGGCUUAGAACUAGUUAAAUCGCAAAGUUUGUGGCGAAAUUAUUUAUUUUCUUAAUAAACACCCCAAGACACUGCAAUUAA